AGCGACUUCAUCCAUCUUUACGUCCAUCGGCACUCUUCACGCAUUGCAACCUCGUCGUUCUUGAGGCCUUCUCCCUCGAUCGUUCACAACAUCUCUCAUCAUGGCCAACGCCACUGCAGAUCCGAGCGACUAUUGUACCAUCGACACUUGUCCGUUGACCUUGGCCAACUUUACAUACAUCCCUUCACUUGCAGGCAACGUUACCUACCUCGCCAUAUUCGCUGCCAUUCUCAUCCCACAUCUCUACCUCGGAAUUCGAUACAAGACAUGGGGCUACUUCGUCGGCAUGGUCGGCGGACUUGCCCUUGAGAUCAUAGGCUACGCCGGCCGGAUACAGUUGCACUUCAACCCAUUUCCCUUUGACCCCUUCCUGGAGUAUCUCAUCUGCUUGACCAUCGGUCCCGCAUUCUUGGCCGCUGCGAUCUACCUGUGCCUUGGUCGCAUCGUCGUCGUCUAUGGCGAGGGCAUCUCGCGCGUACAAGCGAGAGCGUACAGCAUUCUGUUCAUCAGCUGCGAUUUCCUGUCCCUUGUUCUGCAAGCGGCAGGUGGAGCUCUGGCUGCCACGGCCGAUACGCGGGCUGAGAACAAGACUGGCGUGAACAUCAUGAUCGCCGGUCUGUCCACACAGGUUGUCUCUCUGCUGCUGUUCAUCAUUCUCGGAGCCGAGUUCGCCUGGCGUGUGCGCAAGAAUUCGCAACAGCUCGACCCACGCUUCGAAAAUCUACGCUCUUCGAAGAAGUGGCAGCUCUUCAUCAUUGGCCUUGCCGUGGCUACCGUCACCAUCUUCAUCCGCUGUGUCUUUCGCGUAGCAGAGCUCAACUCCGGCUUCAACGGCGAGCUCUUCAACGACGAGGUUGCGUUCAUGGUAUUGGAAGGCCCGAUGAUCAUCAUCGCUUGUGUGUGUCUAACGGUCUCUCACCCGGGCCUGGUGUUCAAAGACACUCUCGCCGACACGAACUGGAGUUUGCGCCGCAAGAAGACUUUUGACGGCCCUUCGCAGAACAAUGCACAUCAGAAGCUUGACUCGAUGGAACUCACUCUUGGACCUCGAGACAUGAGGUCUUCGCCGUAGGGUUGCAAGCUGCGGUCUGUGUUCUGAGAAGUGAUGGAGGGUGUCAAGGCGCGAGGUUAAAACUGUGUACAAUACAAUUUCAACGGUCCUGCACGGCUUUUCACUUCGUUGUGAAGUCAAUUUGCACGGAAGAACAGUGCGAUAUGCCAAUUUGCUUUCAUCCAUUGAUGAUGAGCU